GGCCCGCGGACUACGCGUCCCGUGGUGCCCCGCGGUCGUCUCCGGGCCCCGUGAUGCCCUGCGGCGCGCCGGAACCGGGAAGGCUGCGGCCAUGCUUUGCGCGCUGAGAGUUUGGGGCGCGGGUCCCCGGUGGGGGCCUCCGGCCCCGCUGCUGCUCCUCGUGCGCGGCCGCAAGACCCGCCACGACCUUCCGGCCAAGUCCAAGGUCGGGCGCGUGGCGACCCCGCCCACGGUGGAUCCCGUAGAGUUCUUCGUGCUGACGGAGCGUUACCGGCAGUACCGCCAGACGGUGCGCGCCCUCAGGCUGGAGUUCGUGACUGAGGUGCGGAAGAAGGCGCACGAGGCCCGGGCCGGGGUCUUGGCAGAGCGCAAGGCGCUGCAGGAUGCCACCGAGCACCGCGACCUGAUGGCCUGGAACCAGGCGGAGAACCAGCGGCUCCACGAGCUGCGGUUAGCUAGGCUGCGGCAGGAGGCGCGGGAGCAGCAGCAGCGGCAGGCGGAGGAAGAAGCCCGGCGGGCCCGAGAGGCCCAGGCCUGGGCGCAGCUCAAGGAGCAGGAAGUGCUGCAGCUGCAGGAGGAAGCAAAAAAUUUCAUUACCCGAGAGAACCUGGAGGCACGGGUGGAAGAAGCAUUGGACUCGCCGCCGAAGAGCUACAAUUGGGCCAUCACCAGGGAAGGGCUGGUGGUCAGACCACAGCAUAAGGGCUCGUAAGGGUCCAGUAAGGACAGUGCCCACCCAGGGACCAUGUGUGUAUGGGGUAGGAGGGUUGGGCCUGAUCUGGAAUAGAUCUGUUGAUGUUGCUUAGGAAGAAGGAGGCUCAGCCUAUUCCAGUGUCCUCCUCACAUUCUGCCCUGCACCCACCACCUGGUUGGCAGUUCCCAUACAUACUGUCCUGUUCUACACCCAUGUACGACUCAGCAAAGCAGCAGACCUUAGAGGUUUCCAGCUCACAGUGGCUCACAGUGGCGCAGAAUGGACCACAGUCCCCUCGAUCAACUCGGUCUAAGUGUCAUCAAGGACAUGGACAGAGGUUGGCAAAUUACAGUCCUUUGGCCCAGUUUGUCCUACUGCCUGUUUUUGUAAAUAAAUUUUAUUGGAACACA